GACUCGGUAGCAAUAAUUCUCUCAUUGUAAUGACGACUCGGUUUCCCCUCUCUUCACCACAUCUCUUGUUCUUCUUCUUGUCCUUGUUACUCAUCCUCUGCCCUUUCAACUCCAUUAAUGCCAUCCCAACCGUCAAAAGAUCAAAAAGGUUCUUCCACAACUCCCUGGAGAUGUGCACAUUCUUAUCAAUUGACAAAUCACCAUUGAAGCUGCAACCUACAAAAUCAAACACAGUUUUACAAGUAACCAAACCCAUCCAUGUCCCUAAUACCGUGCCCUGCAAGAAACUCCUCCUCCAACACGAAUUCAGCUCGACUGGAAAAAACCCCCAAGUUGCAACGGAUUAUGAAGGCCCUCCUUCCACCUGCGGUUCCCAUGAUUUCUCCAAGAUUGUGUUGGAAUCAAAAGGCAGUUUCAGUGGAGCACAGGACGAUGGGGUAUUCGCGGUUUGGUUGGGAGGAGUCGAGCUCCUGAGGAGCUCCUCUGCUCAAGGGUUCAACACAUUGAUAGACCAAUAAUUACACAUGUUUUCACCCCAUUCUGAAGCCGUUUGAGAUGUGGAUUCUAGUGUUUUAAGCCGAUUUCACGCUAGGGUGUGUGUUUAUUUCAUAUUUCGGGUCCCGGCGUUGGAAUCGAGGCGGAGGAACGAGUUCUGGGUCGAAAGGAGCGAAGUUGGGACAAAGUAAGCCGCAGGAGGAAAAUACCCGGUCAGGUGGCCAAAUACCCGACCGGGUAUUCACUAUUUUGGGCGCCCGAGAAACAGAGAGGGGCCCGGGCAGAUGACUUAAAUCCCCGGUCGGGGAUUAUGGAAAGUGACCGGGGAUUUUCCCUUUACCAAAGCGGCGCG